AUGGAAGAGUUACUGAAAGCAGUAGUGAAACAAGAGCAGCAGCAACUACAGAAGUUAACAGGAUUUUUACUGCAGGCGAGAAAUAGUACAGAAUCAUUUUCAGCAGAUGGUGUUGCAAAUUCCAUCAAAGAAUUUCACUACAAUCCAGAUGAAGGAACUACUUUUGCUGCAUAUUACAGACGAUAUGAAGAUAUAUUCCAAGAGGAAUGCAAGGGAUGGUCUAGUGAAAGGAAGGUAAGACUCCUUUUGCGAAAGCUUGCUACUCCGGAACACAAAAGUUUUUGUAACUUUAUUUUGCCAAGAAAGCCCGUGGAAUUGUGUUUGGAGGAAACGAUAAUUAUUUUGACGAAUAUUUUUAGCGAGAAAAGUUCACAGUUUAACAUUCGAUGGGAAUGUUUAAACUUAAAGAAAAACGAGUCCGAUGAUUUUGUGACAUAUGCUGGUAUGGUUAACAAGGCUUGCGAAAGGUUCAGGUUGGAAGAAUUAACGCCAGAUAUGUUCAAGUGCAUAAUAUUCGUUAAAGGGCUAGUGGCAACGGAAGAUGUGGAAAUUAGGAAAAGAAUAUUAUCAAAGUUAAACGGAUGA